AUGUCCCCGGAGCCGUCCGUCUGGCCGGCUCAGGACGAUCACCGCUCGCGUUCCCUCGCCGCCGCCCAACGCCCUCGACGGUCGCGUCGCAAGAAGGACGACGAAGGAGAUCUCGACCGCAAAGACACCAAAGCGACCAAAUCCAAGGAGAAAGAAAAAGAAAAGGACAAGGACAAGGAGAAGGAGAAGGAGAAGGAAAAAGACAAGGAUAAAUCCAAAGAAAAGGACAGCAACAAGGAGAACGAUAAGGAUAAAGACGGGCAGGAGCAGAAGGAAUUGAAACGGGGCAAUCGGCGUCAACGCGAUAAAUCCGUUUCUACGCCAAACGCUCAUUCUUCGAACAAUUCGGCCGCACCUUCUCGCAAGAAACCCAAGCUCGAGGAGACGCCUCCGGAACAGAAGCCUCCCGUGCCAGUUUCCACUGCGCCGCCUGCUCCAAUUCCAGCUCAUACGGCAGCUCCAGCUCCGCCAGCUCCUACUACCCCCGCGGCCAGUCCUCCAGCUCCUCCGCCGGUCGUCUCUCUUCACCAUCAUCAUCACCAACCUCAACCCCCAUCGCACCUGCAACAAGGACCUCGCCACUCGAUGCAGUCGUCCGCUUCGCUACCCUCGUCAGCUCACCCUACCCCACCUCCUCCUGUCCAGGUACAGUCGAUUUCCUAUCAUACGAUGGCUCCAGUAGGGCCGCCCCCGCGCCCUCAAUCUCAACCUCCGCCGCCGCCGCCGACCAGGACCAGCGGCCAGAACUUUGACCCCAUUCGAUCGGCUUUUGACACGGCCACCCCGGCUCCACCUCCAGUUUCGACGCCAGUGCCUAGCUCUGUCUUCAGUCCAUCGGCGCGCCCGCUAUCACCCCGGCCACCGUUCCGUGCCAGCGCGUCACCGGCCAUUGCCAGCAUAAUCGACCCCCCUACGAACUCGUCGCCUCCGCUCUAUGCUCCCCGGUCUUAUGUCUCCCCCGGGCGUGGCAAUUCGGCCUACUCUCCCUCGCCGGCUGCCACGCCGGCCAUCGCGCCCACCCCUCCACCGCUGCCACCCCCUCAAGUCCGACCAGUUUCUCCUUACGCCAAUCGAUCGCCCUACCCGCCGCAACCGCAACCACAACCGCAGCAGCCCUCUCAAAGAUCUCCGCCCUCAAAUCCGUCUCCCCCGGCUCAGCCUGCGUCGGUGAUUCCACUUCCAAUGCCCGAGCCUUCGCAACCGGCCUCGUCAAAUAACCAACGGGCACCGUCGCAUGAGCCAACUCCGAUGGACGUCGAUGCGGAUCGUUCGCCCCCUUCUGCGGUGGUUAAAGCUCCAAAGAAGGAAAGCAAAGCACCCCCCACGGCACCACCAUCGGACCCUACAUCACCGAAACCACCCCGCGGGGCAAAGGAAGCUCCGAAGCCGCUACCCCAAGGCUCCGGACUGAUCUCCAAUGCGCUGUUCGGCGUGGGCGACGGUGCAUCUGACGAUCCCUCUUCGCGGCGCACGCCCAGUAUCAUUCUGCAUAUCCCCCUACAAGGCAAUGGCGAUCGGAUUGUCAAUUUUGCCCGUCUCGCAGAGGAGCAAUAUGGGUUUGCAGCGCUGCAUCCCCGUCUUGCGGCCCACAAGGAGCGACUGGCCCGUGUGGCCGCGGCAGGAGCUGCUUUGGAACGGAACGAUAAGACCGGUCGUGGAGUCUCGGCUGGAGAGAGUGCGGACGAGGACCUGAGUCUGGAAAUGGAUCGAGACAGUGACUUAGAAGGGGAAAGCGCACUAGGACCGUCAGUGGCUCGCGCCAACGGGCCCGAGGCUACGGAAGGAAAGAAGAAGCGCCGCAAGAAGAAGAUGGAGGAAUAUGACCGAGACGAUCCGUUUGUGGACGAUAGCGAGCUAGCCUGGCAGGAACAGGCUGCGGCCAGUAAAGAUGGGUUCUUUGUAUACAGUGGGCCUCUGGUGCCCGAGGGCGAGAAGGUGCAAGUGGAACGGUACGUGAUUUUAUCCUUGUCGGACUUUGUGGUCACGUCGAGAGUAAUGCUAAUUUGUUUAUCUACAGCGCCGAUGGUACAAUCAAACGUGGCCGCGGCCGUGGACGUGGAGGUCGCGGACGAGGCCCGCCAACCACCCAGCAUCAAGUCCCUCUGGCGGCUGCCGUCCCCAUAUCGCAGGAAACCGGUCUUCCUCUGCGCGGUCCUGGGUCGCGAGGAGGCAAUCCGCGCCGUCCACGGACCAAAACAGCUCGUCAACAAACGGAACAGGACAAACCGAGCGGAAAUGGGCCUACAUCGCAUGGUCGAGGCGGAGGAGUCGCUGGCCGCGGAGGCUCGACGAGUACUCGAGGAGGAAAAUCGCCGGCGAUGA